AAACAGUAACUUUAAAAAACUAUUAAACAAACAAAACAAGACAACAAAUUCAAAAAUCUUUAGAAAAUUUAAAACAAGAAGUUUGAACAUGCAUUUCACAUUCAUCAUUGUUCCACUUUUUGCAUUUCUUGCAUUAUCAUUCGCUAGUCCAAUCGACUUUGAACAUAAUCAAAUUGAAGCUGAUGAAAUUGGAUUAAUUAUAAACGAUGAUUCUGAUUUAAAUGUUGAAAAUUUGGUACUUAAUUGUCAGCCUAGACCCUGCGACACCUAUUGUAAGAAAAUUGGAUUUGUUUAUGGUCGUUGUCAAUUCGGCAAUUGUCAUUGCAAAGCCAAAUGAAAGUUUUACUUUAAAAUUAUUAUUUUUAAGGCUGACUUAUAAGGACACAAAACAAUUAAAAGUUAAAAUAUCGAUU